CAUCACAUCCGACCUCCGCUCGGUAUCCUAGCAACCGCCAAACACUACCGGUCUCUCAGGCUGUGACAGUUCCCGUCUUCGGGGAGGUCGGCUCGUUUGUUUGCUCGUGUGGAAGAUGGACGCUUCACCCGAGGAUCAAACCAAAGCGGUGGUUAAACCCUCAAUCUUCAGUUUAAUCUCACCGCGACGGAAGGAGCCCAAAGAAAUGUCUUACUUCAACACCAAGGCAAAGGUCACUGAAGUGCCCAUGUUUGACCGAAUGUACCACGACACUGAGGAUUUCGAUAUGAAGGAGCGAUUCCACACCCAGAAGUGUGGGAGAGGACUCGACAUAAACGAGGAGGAGAAGUCCAGACCGGUAGCUCUGCUGUCGUCUUCGGAAUAUGGGCGUCGUUUCAAUUCAACCAUCAACCGAACAGCGAAGCGGCACCCACGCGUGGCUUUGAUCGAAUCCGAUUUUUACAGAAAAAGCGGGAUCAUCUGGAGUAUGGCAGAAGGAUAUGGGUCAGUGGUUCCACUCUGAAAGCUCUGUCCCACCCUGACAUACAAGGGGCUGGUUCCUUCUGUCUUUGCAUAAUAAAUGUGUUUUUCACCAGGUUGUCUUUGUGUGAUAGGACAGUUUCUACCACCUUUUUAGAUAUAUGCUUGACAUCGAGUUUCAGAUUGAAUAACAUUCAUAGAUAUGCUACCUUCUCUACAGAUGAAUCAGAAAGUAAACACACAGUGACAUUAAACACAAAAUAGUGAUUUAGAAUCACUGUAAAGUCAUGAACAAGUUUGUUCACGCGACAAGUCAUUAAAAACAUGCAUCACCCUCCAACUAAUUCCCGUCUUCUUCGUCAUAGUUUGCACCAGUGGCGACAUCCUGUUGUUGAUCAUGUGACUCGUGUGAUGC